AUGUUCGUUCCGGCCUACAAAAUCGCCAUGACAGCCAAGGUCGUCUUCACAGCGGCCGCGAGCUUCACGAGACUCUCUCUGCAUUGCUUCUACUACCGAUUGGUUACAGACUCGGGGAAGACAUGGUUCAAGUGGGCGGUUCAUGUCAAUGUAGCCUACACACUCGGCAUCUUGAUAUCGUUUCCCUUCAUCGCCAUCUUCUUCUGCACACCCAUUAAGAACUAUUGGACCAUUGGCGCACCGGCAGACACUUGCAUGGACGAGGGAACUGCGACUCUCAUUUGCGGAAUUAUCAACUGUGUCGCGGAUUUUCUUACUACCCUAACACCAAUACCUUUGGUCAUGGGCCUUCACAUGCGUCUGCGUGAGCGCAUGGCUGUCGCCGCGCUAUUCGGUAUGGGGCUGAUUGUCUCUGCUGCUGGUAUUGUGCGUACCUGGUUCAUCUAUCGGAGUCUCUUCAACAACGAGUACGAUCAAACCUGGUACGCAUAUCCACUGUGGAUUGCGGCCGCUGUAGAGAUAGACUUGGGUGUAAUAUGCGCCUCGGCCCCAGUACUAAAACCCCUCCUCGCGAAGAUCCCCUUCAGUCUAUCGCAAUCCUUCUCAGGUGGCAUAUCCUUCAAGAAGAGCGCGAACUCAUCAAAGACGCUAACCGCCAACGCAUCAGCGUCGCAUUCCUCCACGAACCGGAAAUCCACAGCACCGCGCAAUGCGCCAGAACUCGCAAACGACAAGGGCAACAGCUAUGAGAUGAAGCAUUGGGCGGAUACAGAACAGGAUCUGGAACGAGGAAGCCAGGAAGCUAUUCUGGAAGAGGAGGAAGCUCCCAAAACGGGCAUGUCGCGCCUGUGGGGCAAGGUCCGCCCGAAAAGCAACAACGGAAAUAUGACUACGGACACCGACAUGACGAUCACUUUGACCAGCGAAGUGGAACUGCAAGUCGAGCGGAUGAAGCAACGUCCGGCGCGGUACGAGACACACGGUGACCUUCACGAGAACCACAUGCCAUUACCACCGUUGGCACCGCGAUCUAGUGGACACGACCGGUGA